GCUAUGGGUACGCUUGACGAUCUCGUGGGAGUGGUGGACGCUGCCGAGGGGUUUCUGGAUGAUCCUCGCUCGUACCUGGGUGCUCAGAGGGUACUCCAAGUUGCUGUCGAAUCUCUGAGCUCUACCCAGGCUGAAUCUCUCCUGCCGUGGGCGAGGGAAUCGCUUGUUCGAAUCAGCAAGAAAGCUUUGGGUAGUGCUACCCUCCAGCCGGUGGUCGAUGUCGCUCUUCUGACAGUCGAAGCUCUUUCCCGCCGCGUCGUCCAAGCUCGAGUGAAAGGCGUUGAUGAUCCCACACGCCACAUACUCAGCGAAUACGCAACCCCGGCUGUUCCUGAUCUUGCAUUGCUCAAGGAAUUCCUGGUAUCGAAACCGGCGGGAUUAUGUUUUCCGCUGAGCCCCGCGAGGUAUGCGACUCUAAAGUCCCAUGAUUUAGCUGGGAUGUUCGGCAAGGGCACCCCAAAUUCGUAUUGCGUUGACCUGGAAAACCUUCUGGCUCUUAGCGUCAUCAAACCUCCUGGAGUUGGCAUUACAGAAUUUUCUUACAUUCCGUUUUGGAACAUGCUUAUACACGAAGCAAUCAAGGGGUACCUUCAGACUUCUGUGCCAUUCACUUUCGACAGGAACACAAACUGCGAGACGCAGACACUGUCUCAACUUCCUGACUACGUUGGAUAUGUGGGCGCUCUUUAUUCUUUGUUCCGGGGUGAAGAAAAGGUAGUUCGGGGGCCAGGGAAUCCAAAGAAGGAGCUCAUGAACAAGCUGGUCUGGGUGUACAAGGACGUGCCCUAUCUGCUUGGCUACCAUGCAAGGGGUCCCAACGUGACAUUCGGUGCACUCUACCAUGGUGGGGGCAAGGUGCAGUGCGAAGAUUUGGUCACGGUGGAUCUGAGCAGCAUGACUGGCAGGGUGCGGUCCCAGUUGAUACUUUUCAACUUGGGGAGGGUUCUGGCGGGCCUUUGUGAUCUAUGCUCGAAGAGGAACGAGAUUUCUGAUACGUUCACGGUGCAGGAAGUGGAUUCUGAGAAGGGUGGCAAGUCCGUGGUUCUUUCGGGAUACUCGGUCAUCAAGGGGUAUAUGGACCUGGAGAAGGCAAAGAAGGUGUGGAACACGUAUUCACGCAUACAGGGCUGCCCAAAUGCAGAGAAGUGUCAUACAAGGACCUGUCCCCGCAAGAGGAAACGGAAUGGUGAUCCUGAUGAGGACGAUCGGUUGUACACUUUGACGUUCACGCCGCGGCUGGAUACGAACCAGCAAGCCAGGCCCGUUCCCGAGCUGUUAAAGGCCUUGCUUCAUGUCUCCAGUGCGCUGUGUUAUGCCCAUGAGAGGGGUGUGAUACACAGGGACGUGAGCUGGAGGAACGUGGGACUAGAGCUCACUUCCAACCAGUGGGUGCUCUUUGACUGGGAUGAGUCCUGCACUUCUCCAGCUCCAUGUGCUGCAGUGACACUUUCCGGUGCCUGUCAUGCACCUGAGAUUUCUCUGGGCCCUCACGAUACUGCAGUCGACGUGUGGGGUCUAGGCUGGCUAAUCCAUACGUCCAAGGUGACUCUGACCCAAGAGCUGGAAGAACUUCGAGAUGACUGCCUGGAGGAGCAGCCUAAGGCUAGACCGACAAUGACCUCCUGCACAGAUCGGCUGCAGAAAAUGUUUGCAAAUUUGGAUGGGUAAGUCUACACUGUUUUAAUAGGAUAGAAUUACUGAGCUUUACAUUUAUUUACACUGUUUUUAUACAAUAGAAUUUUUGAGCUUUGCA